AUGAACCCUAAUCCCAAAUUAGCAUUGACGGCCUUCACUCUUCUCUUGUUCUCUUCUGCUGUUUCAGCCAUGACCAGCAGAAGUAGCAAAACUACCAGAGCAUCAUCAGCGCGAAUUUUUGGAGUAGCAGCAAGACAUGUGCAACCUCACAUGGAAGAGAAGGAAAAAAGGGCAACGGCGGGGGAUGAGAAGAGGUCGAGGGGUCCAGGGUCGUGGCUGCCGUCGUGCAGAUCAAAGUGCGAGUGGUGCAGCCCAUGCAAACCGGUUUAUGUGCCGGUCCAACCAGGUAUGAUCAUACGGCUUGAGUACUACCCAGAAGCAUGGCGUUGCAAGUGUGGGAACAAGCUUUUUAUGCCUUGA